AUGAAUCUAUUUAUUGUCUUUGUUAAUUUCUUUUUGUACAUAAUCGUGUCAUGUGAUGCAUCGGGAACUGACAUAGCGCUUGAUGCAAAGGCUACCUUGUUACAUCGUAUAGAUAGUUUGAAUCUUUUAAUUUACACUUGUCUUCUUACCUUAACCGUGCUCACAAUUUGGGUAUUUAAACAUCGCCGUGUCAGUUGGCUACACGAAACAGGUCUAGCUGUGAUAUAUGGUUUAAUAGUAGGUGCCAUAAUUCGCUAUGGGAGCAGUACAAAUGAGAUCACCUAUAUUGAUGCUCAUCCUGACCCAGACUCCAAAUACAACCUAUCUGUACCACCAGAUAUGGUUAGAUUUCAUUUCCCUGAUAAAAUACAAGUAACUGGAGAUGCUCCUGUACCAAACAAAACUUAUGCAUAUAGUUUCAGAGGAGAAAUAGUGAAUGUUGAGCAGAAUGAAAUUGACUUGAAAGCGACUUUUGAUCCUGAAAUAUUUUUUAAUAUUAUUUUGCCACCUAUUAUAUUUCAUGCAGGGUAUUGUUUAAAAAGAAAAUACUUUUUUCGUAAUCUAGGUGCCAUUUUAACAUUUGCAAUGGUUGGGACAGCACUCUCUGCGUUAGUUAUUGGAGCUCUGAUGUAUGGUUUUGUUCAGCUGAUGCCGGCAUCAUUAGCCUCAAGCUUUACAUUCUUGGACACACUCUAUUUUGGUGCUCUUAUUUCACCGACAGAUCCCUUAACAGUUCUUGCCAUCUUUUCUCAACUUAAGGUUGAUGUUAACUUAUAUGCUAUGAUAUUUGGAGAAAGUGUUCUCAAUGAUGCUGUUGCUUUAGUACUUAGCGGUGCAAUCCAAAACUAUGAGAAGAGGUACUCGACUGAUGGCGAAUUCGAGAUAACAGCUUUCCUUCAAGCCAUUGGAGACUUCAUUGGCAUUUUCAGCUUGUCACUUAUUGUUGGCGCCCUCAUGGGAUGUUUAACGGCAUUGAUAUCCUUUUUAUUAUACUACAAACAUUUGAUACCGAACGCUAAAGGAAAUUUUAAACUAAAAGUGUCGUGUAAUGUGAUAAGGAAACCCUUUCGCCUACCUGAAUUGCCGUCCCCUUGUAAUUUGUCGAAUCACUAG